AUGGAAUAUAUUUCCAAGUUUACAGAUCUCAUUCGUAGACCUCCUUCACCUGAACAAAUUAAUGGUGAUAUCGAAGCCUUGGUGAUCAAUGAAUCCGUCGAAGAUAUGGUUUUACCUCAUAUUGUUCAUCUUGC